AUGAACGUCCCAACACGCCGCCUUGCCACGGCCGUGGUGGGCUUUUCACCCUUGCAAUGCCGCCUUGCAAGCUCUUCUGUGCGCCAAGCUGUGAAAACUCCUCCAGCCAAACCUUCCUCUCCCACUCCAUCGUCCCGCGUUACGAGAUCAUAUAAACCGUUUGUCUCUCCCUCUUAUAAUAGCACACAAAAACCCAAUAUCUCUUCCUCACCACCACCUCCUCCUCCUCCUUCACAUGGCCCCAAAGCAGACACUCUCCUCGACAUAUGGCGCCGUGCCUGGCUCCCCCUAACCGGCGCUUCUAUCCUUGCUGGGUUUCUAGGCUUCUACAUCCUCGGCACAACAGUCGCAACCAUUAAAUCUUCCCCUUGCUCCUCUUCUGCCCCCUGCGAACAUGCCACGCCUACCGGCCGGCCCCCCGCCCUGAGCGGCGACAACGCCGAGCAGUUCGACAAGGAGCUCAACCUCCCCGAGUGGUGGAUGGGCAUCACGAAGCUACGCAAGAAGCUUGCCGUCCACGCAAAGGGCACCGUCCUCGAGCUCGCCAUGGGCUCUGGCCGAAACCUCGAGUACUACAAUUGGGAGCCCCUGAGUACUGCAGUCGAGGCCGCCAGGACAGGUAACAUCCCCCCGCCAAAGAUUCCCCAGGGCAUCACAUCCUUCACAGGACUUGACAUAUCCGUCGACAUGCUCGAUGUGUCGCGGCAGAGACUCGCCAAGUCCGUCCCGCCUAUGGCCGCCUCUGCGCCCAUCGUUAAAGCCUCGUCCAUGGCCGACCAUACAGGCGGCCAGCUCUCCUUCUUGGAUGGCCACGUCCGCCUCGUCAAUUCGGAUGCACACCACCCGCUACCCCCUCCUACUCAUACCGAGAAAUACGAUACCAUCAUCCAGACCUUUGGCCUCUGCUCCGUCUCCGACCCCGUCGCCGUGCUGUCUAACCUCGCUACCGUUGUCCGACCUGGUACCGGCCGCAUAAUCCUGCUGGAACACGGUAAGGGCUAUUAUGGCCUGGUGAAUGGGUUGCUGGAUAAGAAUGCAGGGAAACACUUUGCAAAGUAUGGGUGCUGGUGGAAUAGGGAUAUCGAAGCCAUUGUCGAAGAUGCAGUGAGCGCAACGCCUGGCCUGGAGGUGGUUAAAAUCGAGCGACCAAACAUCACACAGAUGGGAACCCUGGUUUGGGUCGAACUGAAAAUGGCAACCAAGGAGAAGACGGCAUGA